CUCAGUUCGCCGCUCCGGCUGUCGCCAUGGUGAAGCUGAGCAAAGAGGCCAAGCAGAGGCUGCAGCAGCUCUUUAAGGGCGGCCAGUUUGCCAUCCGCUGGGGCUUUAUUCCUCUCGUGAUUUACCUGGGAUUCAAGAGGGGUGCAGAUCCUGGAAUGCCUGAACCAACUGUUUUGAGCUUACUUUGGGGAUAAAGGUCAUCUGGAUUUGGAAGCAAUCAGUGAACAGGAACAACAUGGAAGGUGUGCACUCUGGCUGGGAUGAGAGAUGGGACAUCGUUCAGACAUUCACCAGUUGAAUGGCACAGGGCUCUUCUCAGAUGAAUCGGUGGCAGUGGAACCUCUACCGACUUAUUUAUCAUAGACUGUAUCUAAAUAAAUGUUUUUAACAA